AUAUAUAUCUUCUAUGUCAUUAUCCUCACACAAGAAACAAGAUUACCAGAUAUCUACAGGGGGGAAAAAAAAGACAUGGUGAAAGAAAAUAUUGAAGAAGGACUACUACCUAAAAGGCCAAGCCAUCGACUGGUUGCUGUUUUCUUCAGCACGGCAGUUGCAGUCUUUGGCUCUUUCUGUUUUGGAUAUGCUGGUGGUUAUUCUUCACCUGUUGAAUCUAGAAUUAUGGAAGACCUGGGACUGUCACUGGCAUCGUACUCAAUCUUUGGUUCCAUAAAUACAAUUGGAGGAAUGAUUGGUGCAAUAGUAAGUGGGAGGAUAGCAGAUCGUAUCGGUCGAAAACGCGCAAUGUGGCUCUCUGAAGUAUUCUGUACUCCUGGGUGGCUUGCAAUAGCAUUUGCAGAGGAUGCAUUGUGGCUAUAUAUUGGAAGGCUGUCGAUCGGAGUCGGAGUCGGGAUCAUCACUUAUGUAGUACCGGUAUAUAUUGCAGAGAUAACACCGAAAGAUCUCCGCGGUGGAUUUACAUCAGCAAAUCAGCUGAUGGUAACUAUUGGGUUUGGACUUGUAUAUUUCAUUGGAAGCAUGAUUUCAUGGCGCACCUUGGCUCUAAUUGGUACUAUUCCAUGUGUAGCACAGAUGGUAUGUCUAUUUUUCAUUCCAGAAUCCCCAAGAUGGCUGGCAAAAAUUGGUAGAGAUGAAGAGUUUGAAGCUGCCCUGCAUCAUCUUAGAGGGAAAGACACAGAUACAUUGGAAGAAGCAACCGAGAUCAGAAAUUCUAUGGAAACUUUUCAGCAAGAGUCGGAUGGUAGAUUUCUGGACUUGUUCCAGAAGAGAUACACGAAUUCACUCAUUGUUGGAGUUGGACUGAUGUUAUUGCAACAACUUGGAGGAAUCUGUUCCAUAUUAUAUUACUCUGGCAGCAUAUUUGAAGAAGCUGGCUUUUCAAGUUUCACUGGAACUAAAAUACUAGCUGUUAUUCAGGUUCCCUUGGCAUUUGCAGGUUUAUUCUUGAUGGAUAAAUGCGGUAGACGACCUCUUCUAAUGGUCUCUGCUGCUGGAAUGUCCUUAUUUUUCUUCCUUUUGGGAUUAUCCUUCUGCUUGCAGGGAGUCAACUGCUUGGAACAGUAUGCUCCUGUUUUGGCACUCAUUGGCGCAUUGGGGUGUAGUUCAGCCUUCACAAUUGGCAUGUCAGGAAUACCAUGGGUUAUAAUGUCAGAGAUAUUUCCUAUAAAUGUGAAGGCCUUAGCAGGAAGCCUGGUGACUUUAAUCAAUUGGUCAUGCGCUUUUUUGAUUACAUACACAUUCAAUUUUGCGAUGGAAUGGAGCACAGCAGGAGUAUUCUUCUUUUUUGCCGGUGUUUGUGCUUUAACUGUGUUGUUCACUGUCAAGUUGGUUCCGGAGACAAAGGGACGAACACUGGAGGAAAUUCAGGCGUCUAUGAUGAAGAACUAAAUUUCUAUAUGAAACAAUAAAAGAAAUCAAUUCUA